CCGUAGAUAUAGGCUCUAGGAGAUAGCUAGUCACGAAGAUGUACGGAGGGGGACGAUACCAGGGAGGGGGAAUGGGUGGUUACGGUAAUACAGGAGGUUACGAGAACAGAUAUGGAGGGAACACGGUCGGGGUCGGAUACAACGGGAAUACGGGCGGAGGUACGGGGGGUAGUAUGGAUGGAUACAUGGGAGGCGGUUCGGGGGGGAACAGCGGCAGGGGAGGUAGACAGCCCUCGACGUGCGACACGUGCGGGAAACCCGGCCAUUACUCAAGGGAGUGCUGGAUGAGGCGUGGAAGGCAAGAUGACAAUGAGCUCGAGGAGAUACGACAACAACAUAGGACGAUGACGCAGGAGAGACGUGAGGCUGAAGAGAAAAGGAGGGUAGAAGAACAGAGGAGACUGCAAGAGGAGAACGAGAGGAGACGUGAGCAGGAUAUGGUGCGACGAACAGAGGAGAUUAGGCUGCAGUUAGAAGCGGGGCUUGAAGAGAAAUGGCGACAACAGACCAAGCAGGCGGUGGAGGCGGCAGCAGCGGCGAAGGCCAAAGCUGAGGAGGCCCGAGCCAGGGCAGAGGAGGCACACGCUAAGGCGGAAGAAGCGCGGGCAAGAUUCGAGAUGUCGAGAAUCGAGAAGACGAGGAAGUGCACACACAAGGUGCGGGAGACGCCGGCGAGUACGAGUAGGAAGAGGGCGAGAAAAUAUGAGUCAGAGGACAUGACCUCAGAAGAUUCGGAGAUAGAAGGCGACUCUACUGAUUCGGACGAGGAACUGAGGAAAAUGAUUGAGCGUUUGAAGAAGGAGAAAAGAACGCGGAGGUCGGAGAAGAGGGAAAGAUCGAAGAAACGGGAGAAGAUUACGUAUGAAAAGACACCGAUUAAGACACCAGAGAAGAAGCAGUCGACGACGGAGCGAGGUGAGUGUUCGAAAGGGAAGAGGCAAACGAGGCGCAAUCGUGAAGGUAUGGAUGACAUGUUGAGAAACACGAAUGAUAUUGGAGCAGGGUUCGAGGAACCGUGGGAUGAGUAUAACCAAAGUCGGGGAUCACCACGGACAGGAGGGCUGAGAUUCGACAUACCAAGGGGUGGUGACGAUACACGCGAGGAAGAACCGAAGACACCUAUGGAAAAUGGGUAUAAGGGUUUGACGGCGAAAUGCUCCAGGGAGGGCAUUAUUGACUACUGUCUCUCGACGCAGAAAAUCCUAUCCUCUAAGAAAGCCACGAUGUUGCGGAAGGUCUGGCAAAAGAAAGGCAUCAGAUACACGAGGAAGCCCGAGAUCAUCGAUGUUCUGGCCAGGGAACAGGUGAAACUGGCGUAUGAGGGUUUUGCUGGUUUGGAGGCACAAGGAGGAGAAGAGGAAAGGGUGGAGGUGAAUUUGGGUGAGGAUAUUACGGGGACAGAGAAGCGGGGCACAAGGUCGUCGGUUCAGACGGCACCGGCGCGAAUACAAUGGUUGACGAAGUACCUGGUACGAUCUGAGAUCACCACGAACAUGUUGGAUUUGAAGGAAGCUGGCGUCUACAUCGUUGCGUCACCAUGGUCCAAGAAAGUUUAUGUGGGUAGCACGAUCCGGAGUACGAUGCAGAGGUGGCGCGAACAUCUAAGCAAUGCUGAUACCGAAGUGAUCGGGAGUUCACCGAAACUGUACCGUUGGAUGCGACACUACGGUUUGGGUAACUUCGUGAUAAUCCCGAUAAGGCAUGCGAACGGUGAGGACGAUCGAGCCUUUGAGAGGCAUCUCAUACAAGACUUUUCGCCCUCUUUGAACACGAGCAACACCAACUGUCGAGAAGAUGGAAAGACGCGUAGCAAGAGGAAAGGUAGGAGGGAGAGGAAGAGGUUGAAGACGAGACGGCGUGAGAAAGUGAAGAGCACGGUGACUUUUGAGGAAGAAAAUGUGAACAAGCGGAGGGUAUCGCUGUUGAUGUGGUUAGAGGAGGCAAGUAAAAAGGAGGCGAAGUGUGAGAGGAGAGUGACAUUUCACAAGGGAGAGACCUGGGCGGAUGGGUGGAGGAAAAUCAAGAAGAGAUUCGGGAUGACGAAGGUAAGGCUUAACGGAAGAUUGAAUAAACUUGCAGCGGUCAGAGUGGAGCUACAGCAAGGAGUGACUGUGGUUUUCGUCGGGAUUACUAAGACGACGACGACGACGGCCAUAUACAUCCAAGAACUACGGUGGAUGCUCAAGAAGCCGUUUUUGUUCAAAGGUCUGGUGAGUCGUACCACGAAUUAGCUGGUUGGAUUGUAUCGGGCUGCGGGCUUCUUCAGGGAGAAGAAGACUAAGAGUGACCUCAGGCUGAAGAUCGACAAGGCAGUGAAGAUGAAGACAGUGAAAGGGAUGCGGAAGAGGGUGCAAGUUAAUGUCACGUAUGAUAGACAGAUCGUGAAAAGGAAGAUACGACAGGCUACAGAAGGGGUGGUAGAAGCGAAGGUGAAAGAUGGAGCGGUCGCGAAUCUGAUUAAGGGCAGGAUCCGAAUCACCUAGAAGCGGAACAAAACGGUUGGAGAGAU